AUGAAGAUGAUCGCAGUUUUCGCCGCCCUCCUGGCCGUCGCUCUCGCCGCUCCCCAGAGGGACCAAGAUGAGGUUGUCCUCGUUAAGGAGACUCCAUCUGACAACAUCGGCCUCGACAGCUACAGAUAUGGCUAUGAACUGAGCAACGGACAGAAGCACGAGGAGUCCGCUCAAGUCGAGACCCGCAGCGCCGAAGAAUCCGUCCUCCGCGUCCGUGGAUCUUACAGUUUCGUUAUCGAUGGCGUCACCUACACCGUCAACUACGUCGCUGACGAGAACGGAUUCCAGCCCGAGGGUGCUCAUCUUCCCGUUGCCCCAGUCGCCUAAAUUUCAUCAAUAGCUUUCUCUUAGUUCAA